CCCGAUACUCUAGCGUUUAUCAGUAAAAGCAGCGCGCAAGCGCUGCCAAGACGUCGCUCGGUAAUUCACGGUUCCACGCCACAGCACGCGCACCAGGUCAGACUCUAUCCUGAUCUAGCUGAUGUCGUCCACGUGAGAGCAACCUCUUGCAUAGCACGCGCUCAUGUGUCAAGUGCCUUCCCGCUGCUGAAGAUGGUCGAAGACGUCGGUACGAACUUACUCAACAAACCUACGAAGACCAUCCUCAAUGGAUCGGCCAAGAAGGACCUGGAAGUCGCUUACGAAGGCGGCAUGGAGCCGCCGGACGGCGGCACCAGGGCCUGGUUGGUGAUGGUGGGCUCGUUUUUCUGCAACGGCAUCCUGUUUGGGGUCAUCAACUCCUACAGCGUGCUAUACGCCGAGUUCCAUGACAUCCUCAAGAACAAGGGCUCGACUAAUCCAUCCGGGGAAGCAGCACUCGUGGGCUCCUUAGCCAUGGGCUCGACGUUCCUAAUCUCAGCAGUAGCGGGAGUUCUCACCGACUUCAUCGGCAUCCGAAGGACAACAUUUCUAGGAGGUCUCAUAGCUUCAGGCGGCAUGUUCCUGUCAUCAUUCUGUGUCGACAAUAAAAUAGCUCUAUACAUUACAUUCGGUGUCAUGUAUGGCUUAGGUGGUGCUCUAGCAUACACCCCAUCUCUGGCAGUUUUAGGUCAUUAUUUCAAAAGAUAUCUAGGCAUAGUGAACGGGAUAGUAACUGCAGGCAGUUCAGUCUUCACUAUCGCCAUGCCUUAUGUUAUAGCAGCGUGCUUAAAACACUUCAAAAUCGAAUGGACUCUUCGAAUAUUAGCUUUAAUCGCUAGUUUUAUCAUGGUGUUUGCGUUCUUAUUCAAACCUAUUAAACACUCCUCCGCCAAAAAGCAAGUUAAGUGGAGCAACGCAUUUAACAUGUCCGUUUGCAAGAACAAGAAAUACAUAAUAUGGGCCACAGUAAUCGCCGGAUCACUAUUCGGUUACUUUGUGCCCUACGUCUACAUGCUGAAGUUCGUAGAAAGUAGUUUCCAGGGACCCGUCGACGGUAAACUACCCGUUCUUUGCAUAGGAAUCACAUCAGGACUCGGACGGUUGAUUUUCGGCUACGUUGCCGAUUUACCAAAAGUCAAUAGAAUUCUCCUGCAACAAGUUGCCUUUCUCAGUAUUGGUGUCUUAACGAUGCUUUUGCCAUCGUCGACGGAACAUUUCGGAUGGCUGAUUGCCAUUACCCUAGGAAUGGGACUUUUCGAUGGGUGUUUCAUAGCGCUCUUGGGACCCAUCGCUUUUGACAUAUGCGGCAAAGAAGGCGCUGCUCAAGCAAUAGGGUUUCUUUUAGGCACGUGUUCUAUACCUUUAACGAUAGGACCUUUUGUUGCUGGUGUUAUCUACGAGCACGAGAGGAAUUACACUCUUCCACUCCUUCUGGCGGGAAUUCCGCCUACCAUUGGUGCUGUGGCCAUGUUCCUCACGCGAUGUGUUCACUCCAAGCCUUCAAUUGAUGAUCCAAGUCGACAUCCUCUCAAAAAUGGGAACUGCAAUAAAAGUGCAGAGCCCAUGGACGGCCGCGACGAAGAUGGUCCCGUAUGAACAUGACUCUCAACUUUUUUUUAAGUAUUAGUUGAUUUUGCUUUCUUUUAUUCUGCUGGCAAUAUCGUUUUAUUUAAUUUAAUUUUUUAAUUUUAAUUUUACUGAAAUAUUGUUGCAUUUAUUUUGUAAUUUUAUACGGUCGCAAUAAUCGGAUAUUGAAUCUGUUGUUGAAUUUAUAGAGGUGGACACCAAUGUACAAAAAAAUAUUUUGCCAUGUCUGAAUUAUAGGAUGGCUUCGUUAUGUUACUGUGACAUAUCAAAGCGAGAAUAUAUUUUAUUGAAGGACUGUACAAAAUUGUUAAUAAAAGUAUUUUCAACAGUGA